AUGGCUCGUCUUCUACAUGUGGUUCAAUGCCCUGAGGGCAGCGGGUUCUGCGCCUCAUACUCAGAUUCACAGAAUCAAAGAAUAAUAGCGGUUGCAAGGGGCAACUAUAUUCAAUUCUACACGUUUGAGCCAGACCACACAGGGUUCUUGAAGGAGAGAAGUAAGACCUACUUCGAGCAGCCCAUAACCUCCAUGGCGAAAGUAAGAGGCAGCCAGGGAGAUAGCUUGAUUGCGAUUGCCAACAAUACUGUCUACGAUGUCACACUGGACAAGAGGUUUCUUAUGCCUUGUGAAGACUUCGGAAGCUCUCCACAGAACUUCUUGAUGUCGUUCAGUGUCAACCGUAAGGUGGCAAUUGCAAGACUCUCGACAAAUGGAAGAACAUAUGUGAUUUACAAUGAGAAGACGAAGCGCCCCGAGGUCAAGGUAUCCUCGUUGGGAUGUGCUCAGAUCAAACAGGCCGUGACACUAGAGAACUCAGAUACAAGGUUCGCUGUGUUGUACACCAGCUUUGAUCUUUCGUACUCGCUCAAGUACCUCGAACUAGAUAAGAACUUGUCGGUGAACAUCACUAGCCAAUUCCAGGCAUUUGUCGAAGCUCCCUCUCUUGUGGUGCCCAUGACAUACGGUGGAGUCAUGGUCUUGAGCAAUUACCGCAUCUAUUUAUUCCCAGCUCCAAAUCAGACAACGCAUCUAGCGGACUCCUUUGAAGAUCAGAGAGGCACCUCUGUUAGCAAUGCCAGAAACGUCAUUACCAUCGAUAUCAAGCUGCUUCCAUAUCUCACCUCGUUGUGGACUUCUUAUAGCAAAAUAGAUCUGGAAAGAUACUUACUAUCCACAGACACGGGACUCACCGCCGUUGCAUACAUUCGCUCGGCCUUCACAGCCUCUGCUGUAUCCAUAGAGGCAUUCAGCAUACAUGACAUUGGAAAAAGCACCAUCGCUCAGUCCAUGUGCCAUGUCGAAAAUAAUGUCUUCUUCGCUGCAUCAAAAUACUCCCGCUCCAUUCUUUUCAAAAUAAUGCCUACAGAACCACAUAUUCUGAUUUUGUCAUUUAUGCCUUCUUCGCCUCCGGUGAUUGAUCUUGCGUACAGUUUCCAUGCCAAUACGUUGAGGUACCUGCCUGACAUCUUUUGGGAGCUAAGGAAGAUUUCUUAUAACUCUUGGAAAGCGACGCAAUUAUCGACACUUCGAUUAGACGAUCCCUUCGCCGAGGUAGUUCUGCUACUGCCCACCAAUCCUUCAUCGGAUUCGAAGAUCGUGAUUGGCAUCAAAGUGAAUCUGAAAAUUGAGGAGAUCUACACGAUUUCCAACGGACUUCAGAAAUAUCGCGGGACCUUCGUGAAGACCAACCUUCAAUUCCCGCAAGCUAAUGUUGUCAGUGCUGUCCUCUCUGGAACAUUCACUGGGCAGCACAAACUUCAAUCAAAAGACUUUAUUGUCAAAGCUAGCGACACAAGUUCUAUCAAGUAUUCCAAGUUGUUGUCGAAUGGCAUGCAUCUUUAUGUUUCUGAUAAUCACAUCGUGUGUGAGAGUGGAAGUUCUAGAGAAACGUGUGACUUGCAAUUCUCAGAAAACUCUAUCACUGCUUUUGAUGCAAUUUUUUAUGAAGGAUCCCCUGCUUCUUUGGUGGGAUACACCGACGGUCAAAUCGAGUAUUUCCGCUUUAAUGGCUCCAAAGUUUCCAGUAAGUUGUCCUUAAGGAGCGGAGACAAAAAUGAAGGGCUAAGAGAUGCCAAAGUCUGUUUCAAUGCUAAGGAAGAAUUGGUCGUUGUCGCUCUCGAUAACGGGGGCAAUGUUCAUCAAUACUUACUAGAGCACGAUGCCGUGAUUGCUUCGUCAGUAUGGAACUGUAAAGGACCAGGGCCUACGGCUAUGGGCUCGGACGGGAGUAUGGUGGUUCUUUACGAUACACAUAAGGUGUUGGGAUUGGUGCCGAAAAGAGGAAACUUUCUCAAUCUCUGUGAUUUCUUCUAUUCUCCUAAGGCGAUUAGAGAAUGUGUCGUUCUACUGAAGUCCCAUGCCUUGGUUGGAGUAUACCUUGAGGAUAGAACAUUUGUUACUGUCUCUCAUGAAGAUAAGAAAGAUAUCAUCGAUGCUCACUUCUCUGACAAGUUGUGGACCAAGGUGAUCAGCAUUCCUCGCACACAUUAUCUUGUUUGCAUAAAAACAGACAUCAGGCCCACUAAGGGCCAAUCAAGGGUGGCUACACUCAAUCUUCUUGAUGGCAGAACCAUGCGUUUAUUGCACACCUUUUCCAACACCUCCCUGCAAUUCAGCGACAUCUGUUAUGUGCCUCCAAAUGAACUUCACGGAAUAGCACCAUUAUCAUUUGUGGCACUUCAGACGGGAACCAAUUCCAUGAGUCGUUUUCCUCUCUUCAAAAUUGAAGGUGAUAAAAUUAGAGAGGUUCCCAAUGUUCAUCUGAUUUUGAAAGAUAUGGAGCUGGUCUCCUUCAGUGUCGUACGUUAUGAUCCUUAUCGAGAAUGCCUUCAUGCCGCCGGCGAGGACUUUGUCCUGCUUAGCUUUACAAACAAUAAUGAAGUCCUAGAGUUGAGGGCAGUGGAUUCCAUCGGCAGGAACUGUGUGCUUCAACAUGUUACUGACAUAGCAUGUGAGCCUGAGAGAAUAUUCAUCUUGGAUUCUUUCAGAGGACUAUAUGAGAAGACUUCAAGCAAUUUUGAGUUAAAAGAGCAAAGUGACGAUGAUUCCAGGAUCACUGCUAUUUGUGCUUUACCAACUGAUUCGAAUCAGGAGUCCUCGGUCGUUUUUGGCGACAGCCUGGGCCGUGUACACAUAAACGGAAACGUUUUUCAGGUGUAUUCACAAAUCAACACAUUGAAGUAUGUCGAGGAAGACGGUUCCGUGCUCGUGGGAACUUUGAAUGGAGGUAUAUACAGAUUGACGAGCAAUUUGGGACCAGUCCCUGAAGAUUUGCAUGAUGUGGGGAGGUCAAAAAUCACUUCCGUGCCUCCAUUCGCUUCUUUGGUUACAGGCGCUGAUGCAACACGGGUCUAUUUUGCCAACACCAUCCAGGAUUAUGUCGAAUCUGAUGGACAUCAAAGAAAAGAGCUUGCUUUGCUCGACGCGUGGUGCAAUGCAUCCGACAAAGGGCUCAAGAGAAAAGAAAAUUACUCUGACUCACAGACUCGAGAGAUUGCGGAAGUUUUAGAUUAUAUAUAG